AUGCGUCAGCUGUCAAGCCAAACUCGCACGCGACGAUGCUGUCUCUAUCCAAGAUUUGUUUAGACAACGAUUGAAUCGGAAAUUCCUCAGAGAGCAGGAACGCUGAAAGUAUGGUGACUACAGUAUUACCUCUGUUGACCUGGACUAGAGCGAGUCAGGACCAAGGAACUUGUUUAAAACCGGUUUGUGUUUGAUAAAGGAGGACGGGGGGAUAGGUUCCUCGGUAGCAACGUUGCGGUGUUGCUAAUAAGCUAGCGUCGGAGUUUUUCAACCGGCUCAGCUCAGCUAGCUAGCACGCUAAUGGUUCACUUAAGGAAAUACCCCUCUGGAACUUAUACACCUUAUAUUGUUGACUUUAUCUUGUUGCCGACGUCUUUAGCGGGGUUGUGAGAGACGAGUUGGGUCGCUCAUAGUGAUGAGCAGUUUCAGCAUUACAGCUAAAACCUCGUCCGUGGGCUCCGAGAGUAAAGGUCUAGCAGCCAACAAUAACAAGAAGUGGGAUUCAGGUGGUGAUGUUUAUCCCUGCUGCUAUGAGAUGAGUCCGAUGGACGGCACGAUGCAAGCAGGGAUGUCCUCCGUGCAGUCGGGUCUGGAGGGACACCUGCCCCUUCUGCACGCCCGACAUCCUAGCUCCCAGGACGGGCUGCUGUUGGACCUGAGCUCCCCGGCAGCCUACCUCGACAGCGGCUCAUUGGAGUACAGUGACAGCGACGGGAACAACGCGGGUCCGUUGUUCGAGAGGAGGAAGAGGUCGAGGUCCAACAGCUCCAGACACCGCUUCAACGAGGUGGUCACCGAGCUCGGCCCGGAGGAAGUCCGGUGGUUUUACAAGGAGGACAAGAAAACUUGGAAACCUUUUGUCGGGCACGAUUCUCUCAAAAUCGAGCUGGCCUUUCGGAAAUACUGUGAGCUGAACCCUGGUGCAGCGAGCUCCCAGGUCAGGGUUGGGGGGGAAGAAUGCAGUAGUAAUGGAGUAGACAGCAGGGGACUGAACGGUGCAGUGCCUGUGGAGACCAGGACCAGCAGUGUGCACGGAGGCCGGGGGUCUAUGGAUACAUCUACAGUAUCCUCAGAGGAGAGGGACCCUGAUAACGUUGAGAUGAACGUCGAGCCAGUUUGUGUCCGAGGAGGGCUGUAUGAGGUGGACAUUAAGGAGAAAGAGUGCAAUCCUGUCUACUGGAAGCGUGAGUAUCAUGAUCUGAGUGACAAUAUGUCUUCAUUUCAGUUCACUAAUAACACACAUUACUCCUGGCAUCAAUACAGUUAUUCAUUUUUGCAAUAUGCAUGUGUUAAUUACAAAACCCAAUUCUAUUGAAGUUUGGAAAUUGUGAUAAACAUAAAUAAAAAGAGAAUACAAUGAUUUACAAAUCCUUUUCAACCUAUAUUCAAUUGAAUACACUACAAAGACAAGAUAUUUAAUGUUCAAACUCACAAACUUUAUUUUUAUUUUUUGCAAUUACUAAUUAACUCAGAACUUCAUGGUUGCAACACGUGCCAAAGUAGUUGGGACAGGGGCAUGUUUACCGCUGUGCUACAUCACCUUUCCUUUAAACAACACUCAAUAAACGUUUGGGAACUGAGGAGACUGAUUGUUGAAGCUUUGAAGGUGGAAUUCUUUCCCAUUCUUGCUUGAUGUACAGCUUCAGUUGUUCAACAGUCCGGGGUCUCCGUUGUCGUAUUUUACGCUUUAUAAUGCACCACAUAUUUUCAAUAGGAGACAGGCCUGGACUGCAGGCAGGCCAGUCAAGUACCCACACUCUUUCACUACGAAGCCACGCAGUUGUAACACGUGCAGAAUGUGGCUUGGCAUUGUCUUGCUGAAAUAAGCAGGGGCGUCCAUGAAAAAGACGUUGCUUGGAUGGCAGCAUAUGUUGCUCUAAAACGUACCUUUCAGCAUUAAUGUUGCCUUCACAGAUGUGUAAGUUACCCACGCCUUGGGUACUAAUGCACCCCCAUACCAUCACAGAUACUGGCUUUUGAACUUUGCAUUCAUAACUGUCCGGAUGGUUCUUUUCCUCUUUGGCCUGAAAGACACAACGUCCACUAUUUCCCAAAACAAUUUGAAAUGUGGACUCGUCAGACCACAGAACACUUUUCCACUUUGCAUCAGUAUAUCUUCGAUGAGCUCGGGGCCCAGAGAAGCCGGCGGCGUUUCUGGAUGUUGUUGAUAAAUGGCUUUCACUUUGCAUAGUCGAGUUUUAACUUGCACUUAGAGAUGUAGUGACGAACUGUAUUUACUGACAGUGGUUUUCUGAAGUGUUCCUGAGCCCAUGUGGUGAUAUCCUUUACACACUGAUGUUGGUUUUUGAUACAGUGCCGCCUGAGGGAUGUUAGCUCACGGGUGUUCAAUGUUGGUUUCCAUCCGUGCCGCUUACAUGCAGUAAUUUUCCAGAUUCUCUGAACCUUUUGAUGAUAUUAUGAAUCUUAGAUGUUGAAAUCCCUAAAUUCCUUGCAAUUGUACUUUGUUGUUCUUAAACUGUUCGGCUAUUUGCUCACGCAGUUGUUCACAAAGUGGUGAACCUUGCCCCAUCCUUGCUUGUGAGUGACUGAGGAUUUUUUGGGGAAGCUGCUUUUACACCCAACCAUGGCACCCACCUGUUCCCCAUUAGCCUGCUCACCUGUAGGAUGUUCCAAAUAGGUGUUUGAUGAGCAUUCCUCAAAUUUCUCAGUAUUUUUUGCCACCUUUCCCAACUUCUUUGUCACGUGUUGCUGCCAUCAAAUUCUAAAGUGAAUGAUUAUUUGCAGAAAAACAAUAAAGUUUAUCAGUUUGAACAAUAAAUAUGUUGUCUUUGUCGUAUAUUCAAUUGAAUAUGGGGUGAAAAGGAUUUGCAAAUCAUUGUAUUCUGUUUUUAUUUACAAUUUACACAUCUUCCCAAAUUCAUUGGAAUUGGGUUUUGCACAAGGGUUAUGAUUUGAUGUAUUGCAUUUCAGGCAAAUAGUAUGUUAAGCUUAACAUACUUCUACACCCAACUAUUACACUAAGAUCAGAUUUUUAUGACAUUAAUCACAUGUAAUAUCAAUGGCACAGUCAGUCAGAGAAAAUCAACGGUCCAGAAAGGCCGUGGAUUGACCCCAGCUGAUCUGUGCUAACUGAUUCAUAUUUCUAGGAAAUGCCAGAGAGCAAAUGGAGGCAGCCACUGCACCAAAAUCCCUAAACCUGACCAUGAUGAAAAGGUUCACGCGUAGCUAACUCUUUUGGAUGCUGACGCCAAGUGACAUUUAGACAAGCAGUUAUUUUUCUGAGGAUGUUGGUCCUUUGUAGACCACUCAGACCGUUGCAGGGCCUUUUCAACCUUGUUUAUAGACUGCCCAUAACACUGUGUAAGGUUCAUGUUGUACAAUCUGAUGUCUAGCACUUGAUAUGUAAAUUUCCACAAAACACAGUAUCUUUUAAAGUAUAUCAAGAUAAUGCUGUAGUUGCUAUGAGUGGUAACAUUUCUCUAAAUGGGGCUUUUAAUGUUGUCACAACCUAAAUCAUCUUCUUGUUUAAUGCAUAUAGACUUAUCUUCUCGAACCAGACAUGACUCACCCUAACGAAUGAGCUAACGCUAUCUACUGCAAGGCAAGCCUCUAUCAGUGCAUCUGUCAUGUGUCUGUUUUAUCUCAAACACAACUAUGUCCAGUGGUUCCUUUUCAACUUUCUUGCAAAGUCAUUCCCCAGGGCAGCUGUCUUGGACCCUCUGCAUUUGUCUUACUUACAAAUAAACGUCUAUGUGCGUUAAAUUUAGCAGGCAUUGUAGUCGGAACAACCAAUAGCUAUUAUCUUUGUGUCUCUGUCUCUAAAUGGGCUCAAUUUCAACGUCACAAAAAUAGUAAUAAUAGUAAUAAAUGAAGUUAUUCGAUAUAACGUCUAGUCACUCCUCAAAAACAAUCCAGUAAUCUGGUCCAACACUUCAAAAUGAGAGCUCCGUCUCAUCCAAAACAGAGCAGCACACUUGGCUUCACACUGCUGAAUGAGGAAGAGUGUGGAUGAGAUGCAUGCAAGACUAUCAUGGCCCAGGGUGGAUGAGAGACUGGCAUGUGGCCUGGUUAUGAAAAAAACAUGUAUUUGUACAAAAUCCCUGCAUACUUGCACCCACAGCUAACAUACACAUAUGACUGAGACUUAAUAAUAUUUACCUUACAUCCUUCAAUUAUGGUGGGGUUCUUCAUCUGUCAUAAAGCUUGCCCAUGUGUCUCUGUAUUCAUCCAGACGAGCAGUGUCUCUCAGUACAGACCUCUCAAGAGUCUGCCAACAUUUGGAGCUACCUGUGCACACUUACUCACCAAAAGAGACUCAGUUAAUAAUCUCACGGUAGACUGUAAUCAAAACUGCCCUCGCUCCGUAUGCCACAGAGACUUGGCCCUCCUGGAUUUUUCAGACUUGUUCAGCUGAAUGAAAAUUAUGUAACGUUCAAGGAGGAGUACCCAGGGAGUGUUACAGCACUGUUAGUAUGGAUUUAUCGUAAGACUGACUUUUGAAAUGUGACAUCUUUAACUUGUACAUCCUUACAUUUAAUCGUUUAUUUUUAUUUUUCAGAGCAAGACCACAUUCCAGUCAUGAGAGGCCAAUGGUUUAUUGACGGUACCUGGCUCCCUUUAGAGGAGGAGGAAAGCGACCUCAUCGAGCAGGAACACCUGAACCAUUUCCGCGGGCAACAAAUACAGGACACCUUCGAGACAGAUCUGGUGGUCAAGACCGUCGAUAGCAAAGAUGGUGAGAGAAAGGAGAAGGAUAAGUUGGUGUGAGUGUGAGAAAUCCUCAUGUCAACGUAAAGGCAAUUAAAUCCUGAAGACAUGGUUAAGGUCCGUACACACCGGGGCCGACACGAAUACAGAACGCGAAAGUACGAAAUAUCUGGAGGCGAAUUUUGAAGCGCCUGACUAUACACAUCAAGCCCAAGCGAUUUUACGACUUUCCGGGGGGAAAAGAUGUAUCCCGGGGGAGGACUUUUGCCGUGGAAAGUCCCGCCUCGUUCGCCUCUGAUUGGCUAGAAAAGCUGGAAACAUCAUCACACGCUCAAGCCAAACGGUCAGCACUUAGGCCAAUCAGAGACGAUAAGAUAAGUACAUGAAACUAUGGUAACAACUGUUAGCUUACGUUAGCACAGAUGAAAGUUAAAACAAAGACGUUUAGCGCACAAACUAACGUCAUAUGAGAGAUCUGACGCUAUGACUCUCCACAAGUUGUCCUUCAGGUCGUUUAUCUUUGUAAUAUUUGUGUCUUUUAUCAUAAAGCACUCUUUUCUCCGACACGUAAACAAUCAGCCGGUCGACCAUCUCGGAUAUAUUGGUGAAUCUGACGUCGCAACAACCCGCAAUCUGAUUGGUCAGAAGUGGACACACAGUAUGCAAACUUUAAAAAAUCGACCACGAUCCGAAAAAAUAAAUGCCGCAAUAUUGCAGGACGGGAAAACGUCGGUGAUGUGAACGCUUGUAUUGACAGGAUACGGGUUUGAAAAAAUAUACUGACGUCCGAAAUAAUCGCACGAAAAAAAACGGUCCUGGUGUGUAAAGACCUUUAGGCUGGGGAAUGAAAUGUUGCUGCCAGGUUGCUGACAACAUCAUGACAUCAGAUGGAAACCUGCCAUGUAAAUGUGAGUGACUCAAUCCCAUGAAACUAAAAACUAUCUGGUCUUUUAGAAAACAAAAAAUCAAAAACUUUAAGGGAAAGUGUGGGCGUAUUUAGCUAUUUCGAACAGGCAGAUCCUAGAUUGAAAUAUCCUUUGCUCAAACUCUCAUUUACACAUACUUCUGAGUUUUAUAUUCCAUUUCUCCUGAGAUGUUGCGAUAUUGUGCCUUUAAUCCUGCUUUCUAAUGAUUACAUAAACACACAUGUUCAAAAACUUGAUUACGACUACCUUUGAUGGUAAAUGUUGUCAUGAUUUCAGAGUGUAAUUUAGGGUUUGAAUAUAAAAAGCUAGAUUACAAUUUUUUUUCUUCUACAAUCCUGCCUUCACUCACCAUGGAGUAGUUUCCAUUCCAGUCAGGCAGCAUAUAGUUAUAAUAUGUUCUCACAGGGAGGUAAUGAUAUGCUGCAGUGUGGGUAAUGAGAAAUAAAUUCCCUCAAAAAGUGAAGUCAUGAUCUGAACAACAAGGCCAGAAGACAGGCAUCAAUGGAGAGCGAUUUGACAACCUAGUUUUGAUCCACAGCAGAGAGAAAUAAACGGAGCAGGUGCCUCUAUUCAGGAGCGUGUUGGUUUUGUCAUGUCAUGCUCCCAAUGUAAAGCAGGUGCAGCUCGUACAUUCUGGCACACACUCUCUCUGACAGAGCUGGCUCAGGCAAAAUGUAGCAAGCCGAAGCUCUGACAGGCAAUAAGAAAGGGGCCCUUUGAUUCAGCAGUCUCCUUAAGGCAGUCGGAUCCUACAGGACCUUCAGCGCUGAUGAAUGUGUGUGGGUGUGCGAAAGUGUCAGAUAAUCGAGAGGAGCAGAGAGAGAAGGAUGCAGCAACUGCUAGAGAGUGUGAGAUGCUUAGUUUGCAUUGUAAAAAAACUGUGAAAUAUGCAUGACAGACUGGAACAUGCAUCAAAAUCACUGGUGUAAUCCAGAAUAUUAAUGCAAAAUUCAAAUUCUCUGUUGAUUUAAAGAAUCACUGUAAAAAAAAAACAGUAAUCAGACAAAGCUUCAAUCUGUUUAUCCAUCUUAACUGAACGAUACAACCUGGCAAAGAGAAGAGAUUACUAGAGGUUUUCCUGAAUCAGAGGAGUUAUAGGACCAAACAGGAAGGUCACUGCUACCCUGCAAGUCUUUGUUGACAUGUAAACAUGGUCACAGUAAAGUCUGUAUAUGGACACAGGCCUAUAAACAUUCACACAUGACAAAGGGAUCACAGACAAGAUGAUAUCAAAGCCAUAUAUGUGAGAUACAACACAAACCAAGGGCACACAAAUGGGCUGUGUGACAUUUGGAAGCCCCCCUCCUUGCUGCAAAGCACACAGAUCAUAUGACCUUAGUUUGUCCACUUGGUGAGCUGUAUCCCUGCAAGGCUGAGCAGUGCAGUAAAAUUCACAUUUCCCUAUUAUGAUGACUUGCAUUUCACAUAUUUUAAUGAUCUCUUUUUAUAUAUGGAAGUUGAAACAUUGGGCAUCUGUUUGGGAACCUCCUGCUGCGUCCUGUUGGCAGAUUGUCUCCCAGUCGCUUAUUUAGCAGAGCAUUAAAACAAAGAUUGAUAGAUCCUCUUAAUUAGCGUCACAUUGGUUAUUUUAUUUUAUUUUUUUGAGCUUUUACAGUAGAGUAUUCUAUCGAGGAACUAGUAAUCUGAAGAAACUGGAGCCAUAAAAAGGCUGCCUUGAACUGCGUUGCAUUUGAUAAAUGGACCCUAAAACCAGUGAGCCGUGUUCAGACAUUAAUGCAGCACGUAUAUUUCUCCUGCUAUCUCUCCCCUGUCCUAUCUGUACUCUCCUCUACUUUCCUCCUUGUGUCAAGACUAAAGGUUAGUAAAGCGGAUAUCAUAUGGUCGGCAUACCAACAUGCUAUGCUGGCAUCAUAUCAUAUAAUGUGGGCAGGACUACUGCUGGGCACAUUAUGUACAAGGAUGUUUUGUCCUGUCAAGAUACAGGCACAAUUUUCUGCUUAUUCCUAUUAAACUUAAAGGAGGGAGGUAAACAAUAGACGCCUUAAUAAUCAGUUUAAAUGGUGACGAGUAGUUAAAUGUUUUCACAGCAGUUCUUUAACAACACUAUGAUUAAUUAGGAUUCACUUGUUGGCUUAUGCAAGCUACAAAAUGCAUUUUAAUAGUCAUUUAAAAGAUAUCCACCUUUUUCGGUGGCUGACUUUUUUCUAUUAUCACCUAUUUAUCAUGUGAGACUGUAAAAAAAGAGUGCUGCUGUUUCAUAAACAAUGGGCAGUCUCUUUUUGUGUAGAUUUCAUCAGCAUGAUUUAUUUCUUAGCUAUGCUUUUAAACAAAUCAGGAAAAAUAUAAAGUAAAGAGCGUAUAUCUGAAGAGGAUCCAUUCCCGCCGAGCUUCUCUGAUUUGUUUGUGUAUAAGUGUAGUGUAGCGUGUCAACGGUUCAAACUCCAGGGUGUGUCCUAGUCUGUCUGCCUCCUAACACGUCAAGGAAAAAUAGAUCCAGUGGGCUGGGCGCAGGAUUAUCUUUCAACAUAACAAUUUUGGUGUAGCCAAGGCCUGCAUGUUUGUUUAAUGUACACUUCAUAUCCAGCUGCCUAUUUAUUUAACCAGCAGGUGAGGGUGGCAACACGCAGCUUUUCUGGUAAUUGACAUGUUAGGUAAGAGUGUGGAAAUUACAAAUCACAUGACUAGCUCUUAUUUGAGCAUGGAUUUAAAAGGAGAGAGUAGUGUAAAAUUUAUGUUAUUAAGACGAUAAAGGGAAAGGCAUUGGAAAUAAGGUAUUAAAAAUAGCAAUAAACAUUAAAAUAGUUGAGAUACGGAGUUAAAGAUCAUUCAUUUGUACAAAAUCUAGUUAUGUAUCUUCAUGAGACUCAGUUAUCAUGUUGUGUGGGCUGGAACCCAAACAUGAGUCUUAGUGUAAACAUGGUUACAAAUGAAUUGACUCCAAGUACAGCCGUAUGAGGAGUCCAUGCACAGUAGAUCUUCCAGUCAUUAGGGAACAUCUGUUUAUGUAUGGCUCCAUCAUCGCUGUAAUGCCCAAAUGGAUUUUACUAAUAGCUUUUACAGCAAACAAGCAAACUUCCUGUGCACUCAGCAGGUCUCCUCUUUGUCGUCCUCCUCUGCAGCCUUUCACCUUUGCUGAAGGACACACUGCUGACAUUUGCAAGUCUGAUGUCUGUGUUUUUACAGAGUGAACGAUUUAGUCCGAUGGGAGGCUUGUGGACUGAGCUGAUUUGAAUCACAAAUGUAGAAGAGGCCUUUUUAAAAUGCCUGAUAAAGACAUAACCUAACAUUGAUUUAGUGGGUACAUCAUAUUCAGAUAGUUAUUUUUCUAUCAUGAAAAACAGUUCCUCGCGUCUGUGUAAGAGUUUAUUCCGUGAAAGAAAACAUUUGCUUAUUUGCUGCGGUUCAGUCGGAAUAGAAAGUUAUUCAAGUCUGUGAGAAUGUUUUUUUAAACCAAUGCUCCAGUCAGGAAAACAUGGAAGCAAAUCUUGUUAUAGGAGGGACAUAAGGUGAUACAGAGUGUUGAGUGAAAACAAACCUUGAGGGAAAGACACAGCAGCAGCAGAGCCAAAGAUGCACACUUUUGGACUAGUUGACUUUAUCUGUGAUUGGUAAAAUAAAACGCAGACAUGGAUGAGCCAAAUGCCAAAUACCAACUUCAGAGUAAUAUUACAGUUUUACUUCGUUUUUUUCUAAUUCUUGCAGUCAGAUUCUUUCUUAUGACGGAGUAUUAGGGCCACAUUCGGAAAAAAAAAUUAAGACUUCAAGAUUAGAGUCAUAAACUGACGGGAAUAAAGUCACUACUAACGAGAAUAAAGUCGUAAUUAAAUCAUUACCUACAAGAAUAAAGUCGUAGUCAAGUAAUUACUUACGAGAGUAAAGUCAUAAUAAAGUCCUUAUAUUCCAACCUGCUUUUUAAGAUUACAGUUGUUGAAAUGAAAGCCAUGAAGCAUCUCGUGAAAAUGUACUCCAAUAUGGGUUUCUCAAACAGGGAGAUACUUAAUGUUUUGGCACAUCAGCACCACAUUAUCAUACGUAUCAUAAUGAUUUUAUUACGACUUUAUUUUCAUAAAUACUUUAAUACGACUAUUCUCCUAGGAAUUUACUUUAUUACGACUUUAUUUUUGUAAGUAAUGAUUUUUGUACGACUUUAUGCUCGUAAGUAAUUACUUUUUUAUAACUUUAUUCUCUUUAGUAAUGAUUUUAUUCUCGUAAAUUAACGACUUUAUUCAGUCAUUUUUUUUUUAUGUGGCCCUAAUAUUCUGUCAUACUUUCUUCCUUUGCUGUAAACGUUCCUAUCAUAUUAACUGUAUUCACUUAAACAGAAAAAAAAACACUGCCCCAUGCUGUUUUUUUAAAGGUUUGAAAACAUUGCUAGUUUGUUGUUUUUGUGCCACAGUUUUUUUUACAUGUUACAGCAGUCAUUUUAAUAUUAAACAUGAGUGCAAUAAUGAAGAAUCUAUCACCUUUGUCUUUUAGCACUGCCCAUUUAAGGAGAUUACUGAAAGUGUCAAGGUUUUACAGGAAAAGUGGUAAACUUUGUUGAACAGAUCCUACCUCAGUCAUCUGAGGCAAAUCUCAAGCAGCGCUGCGUUAUGAGCUGUAGACAUACUCUACUCUUUUUACGAGGCAUAUUUUGAAUUUAUUUUCAUAAUAUCUACCUACAGCCACCGGGUUCAGUCAUAAAUCAGUUCAAGCUCUGCACACAGGGCCAUGAACCUGAUAGCAGCGCUACUUGAUAAAUUGCCCUGCUCCAGAGCGAUGACAGCGGUAGCCUGUGUGAUUGACACAAGGGUAAUGGCAAUUACUCACUCUCUCUUGGUUGUUAGUUCUCUCCCACCUGCCCCCUUUCUACCUCCCUUUUCUGUUCAAAUGGAGUGGAUAUCAGACGAGUGCUAAAACCACAUGUCACAAGCGCAAACGCUGCCAAGGUACUGUGAAAUACCACGUUUUUAUCUUUAUUUUUUUUGCUGUAUUAGAUCUGCUAGCCUGUACCCUCUCUCCUUGUAGAUCCUAGGUCCUCAUGGGACUAGAUCAUCCUCUCUGUUGUGGUGCAGACCUGUUCAAUCUGCUGUCAAGAGCUAGACCUAGGCUCAGUUAGAAACGGUUGUAUUCAAAUGGAUUAAGGCUGCUGUCCCAGGUCUCCAUUGCAGCCUUAACUGGGCCUAGUUUCUAGAGCUUUCCCCUUUGUGCUGUGACCCAGACUUUUGUAGUGCUGUCGCUGCUUUUUGAGGAAACAUUUGUGUCUUUCUCUUAUCUCCUUGUCGAGAUUGUGAGCCAACAUCAUGGUAAUGUAAACUUCUUGGGAAGGACCCCCUUCAACCAAAGGAUAAAUGAGCCGGUCCUCAAAAAGCCUCCCUUCCUCUAUUUUCAUCUCUCUAAGCACUGUCUCCCACUUUCUCUCUCACUCCCCUCUCUCUCUUAUCCCCCUCUGGCAGUAUGACCAUCAUUAAUGAACCACCAACUCCAGCUCUCGCUCUAAGGGCAAUGGACAAAGCUCUCUGUUGAGAGCCAGGCGCAAGUGAUGAGCUGAACAGGGCCGCCUUUGUGGCCCUUUACUAUCGCCUUCUGACAUGUUGUUAAGAGGUCUAUCACUGCCCCAGUUUUGAGUGUAUUGACCCUCGUCAAAAAUGCUUAGCGGAGAGUAUUAACCUGUGCCUCCUCCUCACUUAUUGAGCCAAAGCUGAUUUUUAGAUGUCUGAGGAUGACCGUAAAAAUUUGACUUUCUUCCCAAUAAUAUGUUACAGGUCCUUCCAUUGAGGGAAACCUGAAUUCAACCUCAGUGUUUAUCAGCCACAAAGUUUUUCCUGCAAAUUCUCCUUCAGCAUUGUGGCCAUAAAGCCCCGAUUAAGCCCUGAUAAAGAGUAGUAUUAUGUUUCGUAUUGACCUGUGAAAUUAAAAUGGAUUCAAAUUUCAGAAACUUUCCUCUGUCUAUUAUUUUCAACCCCGUGCCCCACAUGGACUGGUCGCAAAGUUCUCCAGUUCAACUCUUGAAACUCGUUGGUUGACAGCCAACUCCUCAGUCCACUUUUAUCCCAUUUCUUUUCUUCUACUUUCACAAUGCAUUGCUUGUAAUCGUAAAACAGGAAGUGCCCCUAAGCAUCACUCUCGCUCUAUUCUACAUUUGUCAAUCCGGUUUCAUAUUUUAAAGAUUAGCAAAUAUGUAUUUUUAUUCUAGUUGAGCAAACACCUCCUGUUUUACUGUACACUUUGCCGUGAGUGAAGCUCAUCAGCCUGAAGCGGCUUCACCCGCCCAGUGGAGGUCUCGUGACGCCUCUCACUGUCUUUUUCUCCUUUGUCCUCACCACCAUGUUAGUGAGGUAGAGGAUAAAAUGAGGCCGCUUUAGGCCGUUUGAGUUGAAGCCAGCGUAGGUGGUGAAGAUUUCUUUUCUGCGAACAGUUGGUUGUUUGCUUUUUCUGCUGCUGUCCAAGAGGGGUAAUAUGACAUUUUCUGUGUGGAAAUAUAGGUAAGCAUAUGAUUACUUUGCAGUGGAGUGGGUUUAUUUAAAGAUAUAACAGUGGAAAUGUGUGACAGAAGUGACUGUGUAUGCAGCCAAAUUUCCAUCGAGCCCCUCAGGAGGUUAGCUUUAUUUUGAUAUCCAGCCAGAAAAACAACAUGGUGCCCUUCCCUUUGUGUGUCCAAAUUUAGCUUAAGCUCUUAACGAAUGAGCGAACCAGCCGUCCCUUUUCUCACUGGUUGCCCUCAGAGGGAACAGGUCUCAGAAAUGGUGCAAUAUAACUGCUCGGCCUCAUAUUACCCUCCAUUAAUGCUGGUCCGGUGAAGAAAUUAGCCUUCCAGGUAGCAGAGGCCAAGCUGAAGUCCACCAUGUGACGCUCACAAGACCCAGCGCCUAUACAUUUUGUUUAAUUCAUUAACAAGCUGAAAGAAAGCAACAGUGCCUUUGAGUUUCCUGACAAAAGUCUUAUUGUUCCCUGUAGACCUGGAUACGGCUCUGCCAAAGAAACUCGAUUUAUUAUUUAUGGGUGUUUACCUUCCACAAAAGUAUUAUCCUCUUGCUCUUGAGUCAUCUGAAGUUUGUCCAGAACACUUACAGUAAGUCUCAGGUUCUCAGUGUGUUUUCUGAGCAGUAAAGUAAUCCGUCGAUAGCACAGCAUUUUACAAUUCUAUAUGCGACUCCAGUGUAUUGCUAAAGAUUCUAAGAUUGCUUUGAAACCUGUUAUUCCUCCAAGUUCUUUACGUUCUUCAGGCUUAAUCCCCAGAUUGGUUCAGACCAGUACAAGGAGGCAUGACUGUGCACUGGACCCGCGCCAAAGUCUUCCGCCUAUUUCAUCCACAUGAACUUGACUGCACAGGACGUUUUUAAGGACAUGCUGCAGAGACAUAAAUAACUCCCUCAAGUCAAUCCCCUUCAUUUAUGGCCCCGAGCUUCUGUAGCAAACAGCGUCUCCUCUCGAGCCAUACCUCUGCUCUUACUUGCUCUGAUCACUGCGUUUCACUUUGAAGCAACAAGAUGGAGAAAACUGAACUGAAUUUACAUAUUAUCCACUUGUAAAAAUGUCUUCAGACUGAUGAAACACAAGCAGGACAGACAAGCAAGAGCUGAAAUAUGCCGUCAUGUUGUGGUAGAUUGGUGUGUUUUUCUUUCUAACUGCAGAUCAAUACUCCAAAGGGAGUUUGAUUGAGCUGUGUGUGAAUAGAUUAGCGUUUUUGUGCUGCAUUUUUAGAUUAUUACUACUGUGUGUAACUAUUGUGUGCUUUCAAUCUCCAUCCCUCUGUUCUUUCUCUGGAUUUUGUAAUCACAACCCUUUGAUUUAGUAAACUCUCCUCCUUCCCCUCUUCCCUCCACCCUCCACCCCACCCUUUUCUUUGCUCUAUUUCCCACACCAUCUGCCAGUGCCCUCCUCUUGUUCCUCUGUUAAUUCAUGCACUCACUCCUCUCUCUCUCUCUCUCUCUCUCUCUCUCUCUCUCUCUCUCUCUCUCUUUCUCUGCCCUCCUCUACAGCCAUCCACAGUCUGAAGCUGAGUCGGACCCACGUGGAUUGGCACAGUGUUGAUGAGGUGUACCUCUACAGCGACGCAACCACAUCCAAAAUUGCACGCACAGUCACACAGAAACUGGGUUUCUCCAAAGGUAUGUUAUGUGCACACUCUCACUGCCCUUUAACAAAACAUGGGUUUUACUAUACACAGGUGUUGUGAGUGAAAAAUUCAAUAGUUUACAUGAUUUGAAAAAGUGUUUUACUCUCACUACUCACAACUUGAUAACUGUUUUUUCUACUAAAGUGGUUCUGAAUCCUGGGAGCCCAACCUCAAUGGGGUUACCGGAUAGUGAAAGAUGAGAUAAACACAGUAAAAUUAAAUAAAAUACCUUUUUGAACAGGGUCAUGAUUCUUACAUUAAACUACCUGUAUCACAAAGAUAUAGGUAAUUUGUCUUAUUGCUUCUUGUACAGAAUUUUGGUUUCAUGGGGGGAGGGUCAUGACUCAAAAAGUUUGAGAACUAUUGUUGUACAACUACAAAAUAAUAACAAUAACAAUAUUAUUAUUAUUAUUAUUAUUAUUAUGAUUAUUGUUAUUAUUAGUUGAUAUUUAUUAUUAUCAUCAAUAUCAUUAUUAUUAUUAUUAAUUUUAUUUUAUUUUUUUAAUAUUUAUUUUUAUCGAUAUCAUCAUUAUUAUUUAUUUAUUUUGUAUUUAUUUAUUAUUAUUAUUAUUUUUUUUUUUUUUAUGUUUUUUUUUUUUUUGUUAUUUUUGUUUUUGAUAUUAUUAUUAUUAUCACUAUUAUUAUUAUUGUUAAACCAGCAUGAAUAUGUUGGUCAGAUAUGCAUGAUUUAAACAAUACAUCCUAACUCGAGCUGGGGCCGAAUUGAAGAGUGACGAUCAAGUUUAACACUAACAUAAUCAUGCUAGCAUGUACACAAUGGAACGCACAUAUAAUACACAUGUUAAUUUACAGUUACAUUCAGUUUUCCACCAUUUUCUGAAUCGGUGCAGAAAAGUAGAGGACGGUCUAGACCAGCUUUUUUGUAUAAAUCAAGAUUGAUUCAUUGCACAUGUGCGAUUAUCAGGAUCUGCAUUUGAAGUUUGUCAUCCAGUAAGAUGUUCAUUCUGUAAAAAAAUAGCUUUAGUCUUAUUUAUAGUCUCUUAUCUCCAUGGUGAUUUUCAUCUCAAAGGUUAGACACAGAGGAGUUGGCAUUGGUCAUCCCGGUUUUCCUCGACAAACAAUGCUCCCUGAGGGUAAAUCUACUUAUUGCUAUCUAGACAGCAAAUUCCAUUGGCUCCUAUCACCCGGCUGCACUGCACUGCACACGACUUUGUGUCCCUUUAUAUAAUCUAUAGUCUGGUACACUGAACCCCUCAGGCACAAUACAUGCACGUCUAGAGAGUCUUAGUAAAGGACUUUGUGCCUCACCUACUGACCUCUUUGGACUCAGAAGAGUAUUUACUUACUGUAAAUACCAUUACUUAGAUAGCCUUUUGGUGGACCAAGCAGCUUCAUGUGUAAUUGGCAGUGUAGAAAUGUCCUCCAUUGUUUAUCAGUUAGUCACAGAAGUCCUUCUUUGUCCUCUGUCCUCUCACAGCCUCCAGCAGUGGAACACGGCUCCAUCGGGGUUUUGUUGAGGAGGCCUCACCUGAGGACAGGCCGCCUCAGACUACGCACAUCGUCUUUGUGGUUCAUGGGAUAGGACAGAAGAUGGACCAGGGCCGCAUUAUCAAAAACACUGGAAUGUGAGUCAUUUGCCUGUUUUUACAAGUCGGUGAUGUUGAGUUCAGACUGUGUGAUAUUCUUGUUUGUAAGGUUGAUCACCGUCUCAUAUCAGGCUAGUAAAGAGUCUUAAAUUCUAGCCAUGACUUCGACUGAUUCUGAUUGGUCACUUGGUACCUUCAUGAUAAAUUGUCCCACACACUUCAUAAGCACGCAGAGUUGUUUUUAUAGUCUCUGUCUUCUCCUAUUGUUCUAUUACUUUAUAAGUCGUUUUAUUAGAUUGCCUGCAGUAUUACAGCCAAGAAAGCAGAAUGCACUAAAAUCUGAUAAAACCUAAGGGAGCAUUUAGUUAGACUCGACUGCAUAACACAAGCAAAUACAGAAACAGUGCAGUAAAAAUGCAAUACAGCAUUUCAGGCCGUGCCUCUUUAUGUGCCGAAUCUGAGUCAGAAAAUUUUAAAGCAGCUCAAAUGAAAUUUUAUUUUGUCCUGAUGCUCUUGAUAUUAUAUUAGAAAGAUUCAUCCUUCUAAAUAACAAUAUCACAAACGGUAACUUAUGAGUGGAUACUUGUGGAAAACUUACCAACUAAAUAAAGAAUGAAUGAAUGAAUAAAUCAUGGUUAGGUUUGAAACAUCAUUAUGACUAAGCUCAGCCCAUUCAUUGUUCUGUUAUUUUGUGAUGCACUCUAAUAAAUCAUUGUCUGACCUUAAGUAACCCCACUGUACUGGUCCUGGACCAUGAAUGUAACUUGCAGUCAUGGAUCAGAGCCAUAAUAAUAAUAAUAACUUUUUUUUUAUAGCACUUUUAAAGACAGAAGUUUACAAAGUGCUUUGACAAAUAGUCAUAAAGCACAGAACGUCAGUACAUAGAAAUAAAAACAAAAAGCUCAGUUAAAACAGAAGUGAAGGCCAUUUUCAUAUGUCAUAAGGAACCCAGACAAUAAAAGAACCAUGCAACAUAAAAUGAGACCACGAGGACCAAAAUAAAAACACUAAAUAGGUAAGAAAGAGAAAAUGCUGUAAAAAGGGGGAUUAAAAGCAAAAAACAGGAUAGUAAAUAUAAAAGACAAUAUUAAUAAUGAUGAUAAAAUAAUAUAAUAAUGAAAAUAAUAACAAUGAUAAAAUAGAUAAAUUAGAAUAACAGAAAUGAACAAGAGAUAAAACAAUAAAAGGCCUAAAAGGUUAAUUAAGAAAAUACUUUUAAGUAUGAUAAAAGCUAAAAAUACAGUAAAGCCGAAUUAAGAAAGAGGUAAAAGAGAAAACAUAUAAAAGACGGCAUCACGUUAAAGCAAGUCUGUAAAAGUGAGUUUUUAAAUUUGACUUUAAAGAAGCGACUGUCUCUGCACGCCUUAUCUCCUCUGGCAGGUUGCCAUGUGUGUCUUUGUGUCACAAAGUUGGCCUCAGGCCACUGCCAUCAGCUUAAUACAGCUAAGCAGGUAAAGUAGACCAUGACAAGCUGCAUAGCACCUUAAGCUUCACUCCCAGUGGAUUACAACAGAAUAUGCUUUUCUUAGCUCGUCGGAGAAGAUAACCCGGACAGGUCUAGCCUCUGUCUUGUUUAGCUACUUUUUUCAAACAUGCAUUGAUUUAAACUUUAUUCAUUUUUUGAGUUUGAAAGGAACUUGUGAAUGACUGAAUUGCGGGAGAGGAGAGCAUUAUUAGACUCAUUGCAUAGAAAUACUUUGCACCACCCUCUGAGGGUUCCUGCACACGCACUCGCCUGCAUAUAGUGCUGUCAAAAAAACCUGCAUUAUGUUCCCCGUCCAAUGUCAGACCAUCCACCUAAAAGCUUCUCUCAGGCAUCCAUUAACUCAUGUCAACGCCCUUCCUCGCCCUUUGUCUCUCUGUGUGUUUAGUGUAUCCUGGGAGCUAAUGCUGCCUCAUAUAGGACAAGUAGCUUUGCAAACGUUGCGUGUGUGUGUGUGUGAGUGCUGCAUGAGUGAAGCUGCUGCAUCAGUGAGCAGCGAAGUAGGCGUCAUUUGUUUUUUUUGCAGACACUCAUAAAAGUCAAAGAGAAAACAACAUAGACUUUCAAGAGAGUCUUCUUCUUCUGUCGAGCCUGGACGUGGGCAUGAUGAGCUGAACUCUUAUUUAGCAGUCAGUCAACACGCAUUUCAAAUACCCUCCUCCUCAUAUACUGUGUUGUUCUGAUUUAUAAUGUCUGUCCAGGCUGAGGGAGGGUGUGAGGAAGAUGGAGGAAAAGCACUUUUCAGAGCACAAUGAUGAGCAUGUGGAGUUCCUGCCCGUUGAGUGGCGAUCCAAACUCGCACUGGAUGGAGGUGAGUGUGUUUUUGAGUUGCAGUUUUGGCUCUUAAGUGGUAAUCUCAAGUUGUAAUCAGGUUUUUAAUAUAAUAUUGCCCCUUUGUUCCUGAAGAUACGGUCGACUCAAUAACACCGGACAAAGUGCGAGGGCUGAGGGAUCUACUUAACAGCAGUGCCAUGGAUAUCAUGUACUACAACAGCCCCCUUUACCGGGAUGAGGUCAGAGUCACGCAGUUUUAUAAAACCAGUAAAUUAACUUCUUUGUUACGCCCUUAACUUCCUUUUCUCUCCUUGUCUCCCCAGAUUACAAAGGGCCUGACACUGGAGCUAAACAGACUCUACUCGCUUUUCUGCUCCCGGAACCCUGAGUUUGAGGAGCGAGGGGGCAAAGUGUCCAUCGUUUCCCACUCCCUCGGCUGCGUUAUAACUUACGAUAUCAUGACGGGGUGGGAUCCCGUGCGCUUCUGUUUGCAGGAGCAUCACGCUGUAGAGGAGCACCUCGACCUGCGCUGGAUGUCCUAUGAGGAGAGGCACCUUUUGGAGCAGCUACGGCACACGAGGAACAGGUGCAAACCUUUCGUCGCUCCUGGAUUGGCCUGUUCUAUGUCUGUCAAAUCACCAGUUUAGUCAUGAGCACGGAUUUAGAAUAACUUUAGGAACACGUUACUCAUAAUGUGUCAGUGAUCUGCUCAUCUCAUACACCAUUGUCAGGUGGCAAAUUUUAUUUCCUGAGUAGACAAAUGGAGAAAGCUUUUGCUGCAUCUCAUCUGCCUCGCCCUUCAUAUCUCUGUGUGCGGAGUAUCUUUAAGCAUGAGCUCCAUUACCUUUGCAAAACAGGAAGCUGCAGAGAGGAGAGAUUACUAACCCUAAAUAGAAAUCGAAAGAGUUGUAUUUCAUCUCAUUUCUCGUGUAUUUUGUUUUUCUGUGAUGUUUUUAAUAGGUUGAGAGAGCUGGAAAAUCAGCUCCAAACACUUGAGGCCUCCAAACCUUCAGCACCACCAGCACUCAGAUUUAAGGUAUGAGGUGGCCACCAAAACUUUAGACUCCCUUUUAGGACAAUCAUCAUCAUCAUCAUCAUCAUCAUCAUCAUCAUCAUCGUCUUCUUACUUUAUUUCCUUCAGGUGGAAAACUUCUUCUGCAUGGGAUCCCCCCUGGCGGUGUUCUUGGCCUUGAGGGGUAUCCGCCCCGGUACCAGCUGCCACCAGGACCACAUCCUGCCCACCUCCAUCUGCAGCAGGCUCUUCAACGUCUUCCACCCCACAGACCCUGUGGUCAGUCUACCCUCCUUGUCCUCGUCCAUACAGAUGCUCUCCCUCUCUCUUUCACGCAGCUGAAGACUCUUUGUGUUGUUUUCUAGGCUGUUUUUGACUCGGCCCACACACGUUUAGGGUGUGAUAUAAGAGGAAAUCUGCUGUUUUUACCAGACUUGCCUCUUUCUCCGCUGUUCUCUGUUAAAAGAAACCAGAUCUUUGUUACUCUCUCAAGCAGAUGUUUGAAUGAAAACGUUUAUUUGGACUGUAAGCUAACUGAGGUCGUCUUGCUUUGUUUAGGCUUACAGGCUGGAGCCUCUCAUCCUCAAACAUUACAGCAAUAUCGCACCUAUUCAGAUACACUGGUAAGAACUCAGAUUUAACCUCACUUGAUGCUGUCUUGUAGUGGUUCACAGUGUAUCUAAGCCUUGUGUGUCAUCUCCAUCAGGUGUAGUGCCACAAACCCCACAACCUAUGAUGAGGUCAGACCGACCUUCCUGAACCCCGUCAAGGACCCACCAUCUGACACUGAGAGCAUCCCCAGCCCGAGCACCUCUCCUGUUCUUGUACGCAGACACUAUGGAGAGUCCAUCACCAGUCUGGGAAAGGCCAGCAUACUGGGUGAGAUGGUGCCCAGGCUCAAUUGGGCUGUGAAUGCAGACCAGCAGGGAACUGGGAAAGGGGGGAAAUCAUGCCACAAGACCUUCGAAGUUUUAAGAAGGAGAGAACGUUUUCUCUUUCUAUAAGCAAGCACUUUUUCCAAGUUUCUUUAAAAGCUUACGUAGGGAAUUAAAAUGAGUACAAACAGCAAAGAGAAGCUCAGAGACAGAGCUGAGCUAAUUAAAACCCACUCCUGAGAUAUCUCCAGGGUAAUAGGUAAAAUCUCUCUGCUCCUGUGAGGCUCAGUGUUGAAAUAACAAAGAGGUUUAAGAGCUACAACAGUGCCAUCAUGUGGCGCUUUGGAGAACUGUCUCCUCCUGAAACUAAUUUAUUUAGAUAAAAAAGAAAACAAAGACACCAUUACAGCCUUUUUGUGCCUUGUUGUGUGCCACUCCUCACUAAACACAUCUUUUCUUCCUCCUUCCCUUUUUACUCUCACCACAGGAGCGGCGAGCAUAGGGAAAGGCAUCGGAGGCAUCCUCUUUUCUCGUUUCUCUCGCUCCAACAGCCAGCCGUCGGUGUCUUUAGGUCUUGAGGGAAGCGGGAACCCUGAGGAAGAGGAGCAGAAGCGAACAGAAAGCCAGUCAGCGUACGGCCUCUCCACCCUGACUCGGCCCACUUCACCCACGGGUGACACAUCAUGUAAGUCGUCUCUACCUCGCUGUUAAAGAACGAGGCUUAAAAAUACGACGCUUGUGAUAAAACGCCUCUCGUUCUGUCUUACAGUGGAGCUGGAGCGGCGUAUCGACUUCGAGCUCAGAGAGGGUCUCGUGGAAAGUCGAUACUGGUCGGCAGUGACGUCACACACAGGCUACUGGUGCUCACAUGACAUUGCACUCUUCCUGUUGACCUUCAUAUACAAGCAGAAGACAAAUCUGUCUGAAGCAGCAGGAGACGCUCCAGACCCAGACUGAGGCAGCACAGUUGUUACAAAACAUCCACACUUGAAAGGUGUCUUACAAUCCCUUAACAUGGAAGUCAUCCUAUUGACAAGACACGAAAUUAAACUCUAAUUUGCACACAAACUGCUCAAGUAACUAAUCAUCUCUAUUUUUCCUAUAUCUCUCUGUGAUUCAGCUCCUUUAACACUUGGGAAUCAUUACUAACAGGAUUCAUUCCAGGAUGAGCUUUUUUCUCUCUUUUAUGUGUGUGUGUGUGUGUGUGUGUGUGUGUGUGUGUGUGUGUGUGUGUGUGUGUGUGUGUGUGUGUGUGUGUGUGUGUGUGCGUGAUUGUGUGUGUCAUAAGGACACAUUUGUGCACCCUAAGGGUGACAGUGUUAGACCAGGAACCCCUAAGGAGGUGCACCCUUUGCCAGUGAAACCCAUAUGGACCAGAAACAUGAGACGAAAGUGUUUGAUACAUCGGAGGAAGAGGGUUCAAAAUUCAUCCCAAACAUUUAGACCUUAAACGGAGGUUUAAAUGAGCAUCUGGUUCCUGUUAAUCAUUUCUCAAACCAGUGCUCUCUCUCUCUUUCUCUCAUGCUCAGUUAGAGCCUGGUGACACACUUGCCUCAUCCUCAGUUCUCUACUCUUCAUCCCAGCUUUUAUUUUGUUUUAUUCUUUUACUUACAAGGGACCUAGUUGUAAUUGUCAAAAAAUAGUUUAAACUUAACAUCAAACAUUGAAUUAUGACAUACAGUACACGUCAGAAACUUGCUAACAGAUGACUGCAUUGCCUUUCAGAAAUAGCCAAACUCAUGCAGAAUCUUUGUCACUUUUUUUAAAACAAAUUUAGGGCAUUAUCCCUUUAAUAAUAUUUUUUAAUUUUUUUUUAAAUAUAUUUUGAACUCUUAAAGUAUUGUUUGAAUCUUAAAACAGAUAUGUACCAAAUAGAGUAGGAGCAAAGAUCUACUUUUAUAUCCUACAUAGUCAUUAAAAUGUUUAGAUUUGUGGAUCUGAACUGCUCAGUUUCUGUUGAAGCACCAGGGACAAAAAAGCCUGACACAGCAGUUAAGCUGGCGCUACAGGACUUUAGGUGUGGCAUUUGCAUACAUACAUUUACGAUGGCGGAGAUUUGCAGUUUAUGUUCGAAAGGGUCUUGUCGAUGUCAUUUAAAAGGCAAGAGGUCUCACUUUGACAUUCAUCAAACUCAUGCUUACUCCAAAUUAAGGAUGAGUUACAGAGAGACUUUAUUUCUGUGCUAUAUCUUUAUUUUCAUAUCCAGAGGAGAAUAGUCAAAAAGAUGUAUUUUGUCUUAGAAAAAAGAUUCAAAAAGAAAUAUUUUUCCUAGAGAAAGGCUUUCAGGCGCUUGUAAAUAGAAACCCGUGUCUCAUAUUAGGGAAUAGGGGAUUCAAACUCGCGGCCAAACUGCAUUCAUAUAUGUCUUGUGCUUGUUAGCUGCCUGGCGUUGGCAUUUCUGAUGCUAGCUCAGACUAAAAUGAUUAGAUAAAAGUAGCUUGAUUUAUUUGGAGGCUCUUGUGAUACAUUGCACACGAAACUAACUGUAUAUUGUUUGCCUUUUCUUGUUUUACUUUCCCCUGAAUAUAUCAGCUGUGGGUUUUUUUUACUUCAUUAGUCUUUUAAAAGUGAAUUUUCCAGUCACUCAAGAUGUUUCUUUACCCAACUCUCAUGACAUGUAAACGAACUGGAAAGAGGACAGCUGAUGACGGCAAGUCACGGCUAUUUUCUUUUCUUUUUUUUUCUAAAAAUGACUUUUGCUGCUCAUCGUAACUGUUGCCUUAGGUUUGUCAAAGCAGCUACAAAAAGAAAAGGACUCCAGUAAUGAUGACUCAGAUGCCUGACAGAUGUGGUUUCUUCAAAGACACACCCAGUAACAAGUAUGCAGAAGAAACAAAACUUACUCCUGUUGCGUGGCAUCAUUUUGAAUUGUGAAUGGAAAAGAAAAAACAUUGCCAACAAACAUCUAAGGAACUGCUUUGUGUGUUUAAUCGAGCAGGAAACCACUCGUGAUUGUUUAUUAGUUGCUAUUUAAACCAUUUAGGAGACAUUAGUAACAGACGAAGUCAUGGAGUAACCCUCAGCUCGUUCUUCACAUGUCACAGACUUGAUUGCUGUCAGAGCUGAUCAGUCUUCAUGCUCUGCCUGUAAUAAUGAUAUCAAAGAACUUGUUUUAAUUUGCUUUGUAUAAGCGGUUACAUUAUUGUUCCAUACAGUCAAGGGCUAUGGCGAAAAAAAGAAACCAUUUAUUGGAAUUUACUGUCGACAUGAAUUAUGCAGGAACUGGCUGAUUGAAAGCUGUCUGCCUCUCACAUGACCAACUAGGCGAUCAGGGGGGUGAAAUGGAAGCAGGGAAAAAUAAGGGAGUGGUGCAAGAAAAUACUGAAUGAUAGAUGUAACAGCUUUAAAUUGCACAAAAUUGUAUAAAGAAAUGCCCAUUCGUUUUUUUUUUUUAGAGAAUGUCUUUUUUUAACUUGAGCAGAAAGCAUGCAAUUUACCUAGGAGACCUUAGACAUGUAAUGCAAGACUCAAAGUCCAAGCUGCCUCUGCAUUUUUUUGGGGGGGGUUUCAGACAGCAAAUAUAUAUUAAAAGAUUAUAUACGGACCUUUCAGUCAGUGUUUGCAACCUUGCACUGUUUGCAAAAUAAAUGUUCAAUUUCCCAUUCUUUGCGAAUCUUGAUUCAAGCACAGAUUUCCACCUGAAUUCACUCUGCCUGCUUAGAAGAAAAAAAAGCUACCAAACUGGAGGACUUCAAACACAUUGUACUUUAUGAGCAUUUAAUGCACAGCGUUUUUUGAUUAAUGACAGUAUAUUUCUUUUCUUGUUAAAAGAACCACAAGCAUCAGGGAAAUGUCUUCUGUUACAUGUUUUCUAGAUUCGACACUAUUGUUGAUACCAGUUUGAAGCCAUUAUUGAGUAGAACUGUCGGGACUUCACUUUGGGUUAAUAAGAAAGUUUCUACAGCCACGUUAUCAGUCACUGAUUGAAAAGGAGAAAAACAAUGAAAUGAAUAUGGGAUGUAUUGAAUGAAAUGUGUAACGUUUGUGUUAGGUAUCACUGUUACUCUAACUUUGAGCGGAUGUCUGGAAAAGUGUUUUUGUCUGUCCUUAGAUCUGUGCAAUAACCCAUGCCUGUAAUGGAUUCUAACUGCCAUCCAAAGCACUGUAUUUAUUUCCUUUUAUUAAAGCAUUUUCUUCUUUUUUGGACACAA